AAANAAAAAAAAAUACGAGACGAAAAUGUAUAUCUUGGGAUUUUUUGUGUGCGGAACACUCGCCUUUCAUAUUCAAUCUGGAAAUGAGGGACGCGCUGACGUUCCCCGCCUCUGCCACCGUCAUCCCUCCCUCAGCCACUCCUCCCGGCCUCCACCGCCGCCGCCUCAACACCUCCCCCGCCACCAAACCCCGUCCGAAAUCUAACCCGGAGCACAGGCCCCAAUUAUCCACGUUUCACCCGUUUAUCUCUUCCUCUUCAUCACAAAAUCGUCGGAGCCCGACGAAUUACACGGAGCUAGCCUCGAAGCUCGCGGAGGACGGGAGGUUCGAGGAUUUUCUCAAGCUCUUAGAGAGUGCUUUUGCUUCUGGAAUUGAGCCGUCCGAUUUUUUAGCUCAGCUGGAUGUCAAAAGUGUCGCGAGUGGGAUUGCUGGUGUGCUAGGCCAAUCAAAUGUCAGUAGUGCUGUGGAGGUGCUGUUAGAUGGUGUGCGGAGCCUCGGGAUCGAGCCCGUGCAGCUUUUUGAUGGAGCUGCUAUGGAGUUGCUGAGGAAAGAGUGCCGGAGACUGCUGAAAUGCGGUGAAUUAGAGCAACUUGUGAGCUUAGUGGAAGUACUUGCUGGGUUCCAAUUUCAAAUCAAGGAAUUGGUGAAGCCAUCUGAUGUCAUAAGCGUAUGCAUCAAUAACAGGGAUCCUACAACAGCCAUAAGGUUUGCCCAAAAUUUUCCUCAUGCUGAAGUUCUAUUUUGUUCAAUAAUUCUUCAAUAUGGAAAGAGAAGGGACAUGGCAUCAGCUCUAACUGCCUUUGAACUUUCCAAGAAACAUACAAGUACUCCGAAUAUGCAUGCCUACCGCACAAUCAUAGAUGUUUGUGGUCUUUGUGGCAAUUACUUGAAGUCAAGGACUAUUUACGAGAAACUCGGCGUGGUGGCUGAUAUUACAUCUCACAACAUUGUUUUGAAGUCAUGUUGUCUAGCUCGAAAAGUUGAACUCGCUCAUGAUGUCUAUAGGCAGAUACGGAAGUUGGAAGCAGAAGGAGCACUGAAAUUGGAUGUCUUUACAUACAGCACAAUAAUUAAGGUCUUUGCAGAUGCCAAGAAGUGGAAAAUGGCCCUAGAAAUCAAAGAGGAUAUGGCGUCUUCUGGUGUCAUUCCCAACAAAUUUACUUGGUCAUCACUGAUCAGCGCAUGCGCAAAUGCAGGUCUCACGGAACAAGCAAUUAAAUUGUUUGAUGAAAUGCUUCAAACCGGCUGUCAACCCAAUUCACAUUGCUUCAAUACCGUUCUUCAUGCCUGUGUUAUGUCUUGCCAAUUUGACCACGCCUUUCGGCUAUUUAACUCCUGGAAAGAAAAGGGUUUUCAACGAAUUACCCCUAAUGAUGAGUUUAAUGAUAACUCACGCAAAACCGUGAAAACUCCACUUGGACCCACUAUUUCAACAUAUAAUAUCUUGAUGAAAGCGUGUGGCACUGAUUAUCACCGUGCCAAAGCUUUGAUGGACGAAAUGAAGACUUUGGGUCUUUCUCCUGAUCAGAUAAGCUGGUCAAUAUUGAUUGAUAUUUGUGGAGGCUCAAGAGAUGUAACGGGUGCUGUACAGACCUUGAGAUCCAUGCAUGAGUCAGGUAUUCAACCUGAUGUUAUAGCAUAUACCACAACCAUUAAGAUCUGUGUAGAACAUAAGAAGCCAAAGCUUGCAUUCAUGUUAUUUGAUGAAAUGCAGAAAUAUCAAAUAAAACCAAAUUUGGUGACCUACAAUACUCUUCUUAGAGCUCGUAGUAAAUAUGGUUCGCUGCAGGAAGUACAACAAUGCCUUGCUAUAUAUCAGCAAAUGAGAAGAGUUGGGUACAAGCCCAAUGAUUACUAUCUCAAGCAGCUAAUUGAGGAGUGGUGUGAAGGUGUGAUACACAAUGAACAUGUAAACAAAAAACAGUUUGGUUCUCGUUUAACAGAUUAUGGACGUCAGAACUUGUUGCUUGAGAAAGUUGCAGAACACCUGCAAGGUACGGCUGAAAGCCUUUCCAUUGAUCUUCAGGGUCUAACCAAGGUAGAAGCACGAAUAGUAGUGCUUGCGGUUCUGCGUAUGAUCAAAGAGAGAUAUAUUGAAGGGAACUCUUUAAAAGACGACGUGAUUAUCAUACUGGGCAUACAUGAAGUUGCCGCUCAUCCCACCAGAGAUGAAAACGGAGUUGGAGAAGCCGUGACCCGACUGUUGGAGCAUGAUCUUGGGCUUCACGUGUUUGCAGUGGGUUCCUCCUCGACUCAUUCUCAUUCAGAAUUGGGAAAAGUACAUGAAAGAAGCUGGUCAAAACCAGGGUCUCCUAUUAGGAGACCUAUAAUUCUACAAAGGCUUAAAGUUACUAGAGAUUCCUUGCAUGCAUGGUUGCGAAAAGGGACCCGAUUGUCUGCUCGUUGACACGACUCACGUUUGAUGCUUAAUGCUAAGUAAAGUGCACAUUACAUUAGCCAUGUUGCAUCUAGUGACUCUUGUUUUGGCUUUGAUAAUAUACAUAAUUAUACACCGUACGGCAAUAACGUGCAAUUGUUGCCAUAUGAUUUAUUCCUAACAAAAGAUCUCGUUUGAUUUCGAGUGUUGAGAACUUGACGGGAUGGGUUAAGGAUCCUGUAAGGCCAAAUCAACCACAUUAAUUAUUACAUAUAUAUCACAAUUUUUUAAACAUUUUGCAUUAAUAGCCUUUUAAAAAAAUUUUGCGAUUUUACAUAAGGGAUAUACUUUUAUUGAUAA